AUCGUCUUCCACGUUCGCAAUGACCGCAGCACAGAGCGCAUCCGAGCGAGUGUCGCAUAAGACAUACUCACUCCAUACUUACCACCUCUAGACGCUAAUCAGCAGCUUCCAGCAUGGCGGUCCCAGAAAUCCAACUCUCGUCAAACGAUGCGCAUGUUCUCUCCGCCCUCUUUGACCCCGAAGCCUCCUCAUCAUCCUCGGCCGCGAAGAUAGAAUCCUCUCUACCGCCACUACCACACAUCUCCCACGAUGAGAUCGCAGCACUACACACCACCGAGCGCGCCGCAAUCCUUCCCAUCGCGAUCCCAAACCCUUCAAAGCCUGAGAUAGAGCGCUCCAUUGCAGCCCUCUCACAACUUAUAGACUCGCACCCACGAUACGCGAGCGCAUACACAAACCGGGCGCAGGCGCUGCGAUUAGCGGUUGAAGACGAUCUAUUCACCGUAGACGACGAUGGGACCGUCGAGCGCAUCUUUCUGGACCUAGCGAAGGCUAUAGAACUUGCGACGCCGGCAUCGCAGAAAGAGGCUGUGUCCCCUCAGCAGGCCAAGGUUCUCGCCGCAGCGCACUCGCAUCGUGCGUACCUAUACCUCAAGGCGGCAAAGGUGGCUUCGGAAUCGCCUUCUAUGAAGCUUGAAUCUGGGUCCCAGCGGAUAAAAGGCAUGGGGCACGAGAGACUAGAAGAGAUGGCGAGCCGGGAUUUUGAGGCUGCGGGAAGAUAUGGGGAUAGAGUUGCGAAAGAUAUGGCGGUGCGCACGAAUCCGUAUGCGAAGAUGUGUGGAGCGAUUGUCAGGAAUGCUUUGAAGGAGGAGGUGGCGGAGGGGAGGCGGUGAUGGCAGCAUUGAUAUAUUGCAUUGUUUAAUGGCGUUAUGUGGAGUUUGAGGCGCUGAAAACAGGUAGAGACGUUAGAGAGUGCGGCGUAGACUGUAGAGCGGCACAGUACCUUGGUCGAGAGUGUUUCAACGGUGAGGCUGCUUCGGGACGAUCAGUUGACUUUCAUAGAGCAGUCGAAUCAUAUCACGAGCCAAGAGUUCGCCGAGACGCAUACUAUACUUCUUUC